AUGCCCCCUCGCAAACUAGUGUCCAAGGUACCGAAGGACAGCGAAGCUCAAGAAGCGGAAGACGACGAGGUCAACUGGUCCGACUAUCCCAAGCCUGAAACCCCUCCUUACCCCCAUCGGCUCCUCUUUGUGCCCGUAGACGUCCAUGCCGGCCCCAAGGAUCAAUCCUUGAACCUCAACGAAGAGUACAACUACAUCCAUGCCAUUAUGAGCGCAACGGAUGCCAACAAUCUGUCAAGGACCUACUCCUCGAUAUGGGGAGAUGUUAUGAAGGAAAUCAAGCGCCAGCCUCUGAUUCUUCACUUCAGCUGUCACUCAGAUCGAGAAGCGAUCAUGCUCUUCCGACAGAAUGUCGUGCCUGAAACCAUCAUGGUCGCUCUGCAAGCUCACAACGAGGAGGCAAGGAGGUCAGGAGCUGCUGAGGUGCAGCUUGUGGUUCUCAACGCAUGCUUCUCGGACGAGCAUGCGAGGAGGCUGGCGACGGUUGUGGACUUUGCCAUCGGGCACAAAGGAGGACUAAUCGAUCAGUUGGCCAUCAGCUUUGCUCAAACAUUGUAUGACAAUCUCUUCCAAGGACGAUCCUUGCUGUGCUCCUGGAAUAUGGCGGAAGGAUGCUCAGCCGGGUACAGGCUGUAUGGUCGUCGAGAUGCUUCAGCUUUCUGCCUUCCGACGCCUGAGAAGGAGACGGAGAAAGCGAGAGAAAACAAGGAAGAGACGGAGAUGGUGCGGUUCUUCAAGGAGCAGGGGUUUACCAAGAUUGCUGAACGACUCUGCAAGGAGCUCGAGAUCGAAGACUGGAAGCUUGAAGGUCUCCAAUAUCUGACGGAAGACUCGCUUGAUGAGCUGACGGAGACAAGACUGCUACCUCAUCAGAAGAAGAAACUCUGGAGGGUGAUCAGGAAGAAAGUGCUGGAGAUGUCAGAUCGCACGGCACAGCUUUGCGCUCCUGGCGACCUGUCUGAAGCAGACACGAUGUCUCAAUCGGAGUUGAGUGAUAGAAGCGACUCUGAGGACGAAACGUGCCAGAGCGAGCUGGUCAUCGCGAGGAACGUAGGCAACAAAGACGACUUCGAGAUCCACAUGACAUGUUUCCUGCAAGGCUUCGGCAGGUUCUCAGGGAGUCCUCAGAUCACCAUCAACGACAGCAGGCAGGUCAUGGAGACUGAGGGGGGGAGUGGGGGAGGUGGCGGCGAAUGGACGAUGUGCAUGCUCCUGUGGCUGAAGGUGGUGAAGGACGCAAGAAUGGGCGAGGAAUGGAGGGAGAAGUGGGAUAGGUGCAUCGCUCAGUCUGCAUCACAAAACAAGCUGCUGCGAAUGUUGGAUACGAUACUUGAGCACGGAGAUGUGAAAUACAAGUACUGGAAUAGAGACAAGCUUGCUGAAUGGGGUCGCAAGAAGAGGUUUGCCUCAGUGGUCUUCUUGACAGACGAGCUUGUCAGCGCUUGUCUUCCGGACAAGGAGUCUUGCAGACGAGCAUGGCAUCGCCGUGUGAUGAAAGAUUGGGAUGUGAACAAGGAAGACGUGGGGCAGAUCUUGGGGAGAAUGAACAAGUUUCUAUGGUCCCGAGCCGAGGCGAUCGAGAUCAUCACCAACGUGAUCGAGACUGGAAGCUAUGUCUGCUACAUGAGGAUGGAAAAGAUUGCUUCGCUCAUCUUGUUCGAGUACCUCGAGACGUACAAGCGAGAGAAGAUGGCGGAGACGACGAGGGAGGGCAAGCACGUGUCAAGCCUGCCCUCUCUUUUCCAAGGCUUCUCCUUGCUCGCCUCAAGCUCCUCCAAGCAGUUCGCUCUCCAAAAGAUCUCGUCUCAGCGUCUGCGGGAGAUCCGGUCGAACCUCCGCGUGCUUGCUCGUCUUCCCAGUCGCCUGCUGCGCUUCAUGGGGCCUGCGAGGAGAGCCGAGGGGCUGCUGGAGGAAGACGGGAGGAGCAUACUGACCGCUCAUCAGAAGGAGAAGGCCAGACAAUGCGAAUUGGCGAUGCAGAGGGGGAGAGGAGUUCACCUGCGAGGCCCAGCAGGGACGGGGAAGACGUUUAUGGCGCUUCACAUGAUGCUGAAAGAGCUGGAGAGGGACAGGGUCUGCUCUAUCCUCUUCCUUCUCCGAUCGGAAGCCUUUGUUUUCUUCAUAGCGCACUGGGUGGGCUCGAUGGCAAGGUGGAGGCUGGUGGAUGAAGGCCUGUUCGGUCGGAUCUUCUUCUCCUUCCGCAGGGAGGGAGGAUGGGACGGUCCGUUCUGGAUGACGGAAGAGGGAGGGGGGGAGCUAAGGAGGCGAGAGAAGCAGAUGGAGAUCUUGGGUGAGAAUGAGUCGGAGUACAAGUUUGUAGUGAUCGACGAGGCGCAUCAUGUGUACUGCGAUCGAGAAGCGAGAGACUACAUCGAGCUGAAGAGGUACGACAAGGCGAGGAUGAUGCUGAUGUCAGAGAGCUCGCAGGCUGAUGUUACAGACAUCUCUUAUCCUCAAUGGCUUGAAGAUGUCUACCUGACUGAAGUCGUGAGAAACAGCAACAGGACGAUGACAGCGUCGUUGUUGUUUCAGAAAGGGAUCUCAAUCGAUGCGGUGUCUUGCCAUCACAACGUUUCUGGUCGACCUGUCAAGCCUUACAUCUUCUCGCUGGGCUCCAGUGACAACCAAGCGCGCGAGUACGCUACUUACAUCGUGGAGGUGAUGAGAGAGGUGAUGGUGGAGUACCCGGGGAACCUGGACAGGAAGAUCGCGAUACUCGUCCAUGAGAGGCUUGUCCAGCUCAACUUGAAACAAAUACUGCAAGACCAUCUUGACAAGGACUCCGCCUUGCCAUCGAGCUUCAAGCUGAUUGCUGCGGUUGAUGCAUGGAAGACGACUCGAGGCAGGGAGGACGAGAGCGACGACCAGAACAUCAUCUUCGACACGGUCGCGAACUUCGACGGGAUGGAGAGCAAGGUUGUGAUCGCAGUCGGUCUGGACGAGAAGGUGACGGACGAGGACCUCAACCUGCAUCGAUCGCUGCUGUACCGAGCCAUCACUCGAGCGCUCAAGGAAGGAACGGUGAUGAUCGUGAACCAUCGGGUCGAGCAGGGUCUUCUGUCGUUCCUGGACGGCUUGCGGUUUGCAAACAAGUUUGAUGCGGAAGAUGAGAAGGAGAAGAUCAGCAAGAAACCCUGGAUCCAUCUUGUCAACAGCAUCGGGACCGGAGAUAUCAAAGCUAACCUCUCCCUCAAGAUGUAUUCGGAGAGCAAGUCUGAGGAUGAAUGCAACGACGAUGAAGACUAUCCAGGUGCAGCAGCAGGGAAAGACACUGACCAUCAGGUAAAGUACAACUACGUCAUUGUCAUCUUUCACAACAAGCAAACCAACAGCGAGUUCAGCAUGAAUCCUCCAGCAGAGGCGCUGCUGGAGAGGAUGUACGUCUUGAAGGUUGGCGACAACGUCCUCACGCGCUACGCCAUCCAAGUGAAAACCACAGAGAGAUGGUCACAGCGAGGAUCCAUCAGCGACCGAGCUCGGAGGAUCUGCGCAGUAAACAUACGACGCCUUAGAAGGAAACAAAAAGACGACGUGUUCGAGGAAAAGGGGGCUUCAAUGGAAGAAAUUCUUCCGUGCUCAAUAUUUCUCCGUCAGAACUGGCCAAAACUUCUGAUUGAUCACCCAAAAGACAUCGAGUGGAACUGGCGUGACAGACCCAAUUUACUUCCAAAGUAUGACAAAGUGGGAUUGGAAACGUACAGGGAGGUUCAAAUGUUUCUGAACUUUGCUGUCUCUUACCACGAGGCGAAGGACUUCUAUUAUGAGACAUACGGGUAA